AUGGGAGAAAGAAUAAGGAGCCCAGAUUCUGAGUAUGACAGGAAAUCAGAUGGGGAUAAAAAUAGUGACUCUUACUAUUCAGAUGAAGAGAAUGCAUCGCGUUCAUCUGGCCAGUCGCCAACGCUAAGCUAUCCAUCCACAAGCCAAGAAAAGAGAGACCACAAGCAACAAACUUCAACCAGCCUUGUGCACUACCAAGCCACAAAGAAAUUGGGUUCCAAAUAUGCCCCGAGCAAGAAAGGGACGCGGUGGGGUUUCCGUUCUCAGAGCCUCUCUAGGGAUUCUCCUGCCAAAGAUAUAGAUCUUGUGACAAAAAGAGUUCUUUCUGCUAGGCUGCUGAAAAUCAAUGAGCUCCGAAACGAACUGACUGAACUCCACAUCAAACUCGAUGAGCUGCAGAAGGAAAACAGGGCACUGAAGAGGCUUCAGCACCGGCAGGAGAAAGCCUUGAAUAAGUUUGAAGAUACGGAAAACGAAAUCUCCCAGCUCCUGGCCCGGCACAACAAUGAGAUUAGAAUAUUGAGGGAGCGCCUGCGAAAAUCUCAGGAGAGAGAACGUCUGACCGAGAGGAGGCUGAAAGAUUCGGAAGAUGAACUCUACAGAACAAAAACUGUCUUGCAGAAGCUGAAAAAGCUGUCUGCAGAUAAGCACCUCGCUGAAAGAGAAGACCUGGCAAAGAAACUGGCCUGUGCAGAGAGCAGGCUGGAGGAGAGUGAAAAAAGAAUUAAGGAUCUGGAAAAAAAUCUUGAAUUAAGUGGUAGCAGUUUUCAAAGAGAGUUGCAGUCCAAGAAAAAAAAGAUAUAUGAAGCUCAAGAAGAAAACAGAGUUCUCCAGGACAAGCUUCAUGAACUAAACCAGAAGCUGAAGGAAAAAGAAAGAGAACUUGAAGCAAAAAAUAUCUAUGCUAAUCGUAUGUUGAAGCUAUCACCACAAAAAGACACAAAUAUUAUGCAGAGAAAAAAAGCCAACCACCAAAACACUAAAAAAGGAUCACUGCUCACAAAAGGUGUACAGACCAGUGGAUACUUCUCACCAGUAGAGUUUGUUCCAGAAUCAGAACUUGGCAGUGGUGACACAGUAAACAAGAAAGAACUGAUUCUUCCUAAAACAGAAAAAGAAACUCAAGACAAAGGAUGGAAAGAGCAAGCAGAGCUUACAAGACAAGAUGAAGACAGGGAAAGGCAAGAGAAGCUGAAACGUUUUCACGAAAUUCAGGCUUUAGAGGAGAGAGUUCAAAAACUUCCUGACGAGCCAGAAAGGGAAGAAUAUGUCAAAAUGAAAAAAGAAAGCAGCUUCCUACUGGAUAAAGAAGAGAAAACAAAGAUGGAGACAGAAAUCCACAAACCUGGAGUAGAGAAAGCAAGCACUGAAAUGCUGGAAGAGCGGCGAAAAAGAGAGUUCCUGCUUGCCAAAAUGCAAGAAAUUGACAGAGAAACUCAAAAUGCAACAAACAUGAAACCUCCUUCCCCAGCACCACACAUAAAUACAGCAAGGAAAUCUGAUUCCCUGGAGAAAAAAGAGAAAACUAAUCAAUUCUUUGAUACUCCUGGGAAGGUUACUAAUGGAUUUCCUGUAGAUGAGAGUCAGGAUGAGGCUUCAAGAGCACAAGGGCAGAAGCAACGAAGUGUGAGGACCUCAGAUUUAAGCAGUGAGUUAACAUUUGGUAGUUAUGUACCUUCCUUUGGGAAGGGGUCAGGGAGACCCAGCUGGCUCACUCAGAAAAGUGACAACUUAGAAGAAAACGUUAAGGAAAAUGCAGAAUUCAAUAGCAAGAAGGAAAAAAAGUCCAAUUUAAUGGAGCAGCUCUUUGGAAGCAGUGCCAGUGCCAUCCUUCUUUCUAAAACUAACAAUCCAGCACCUUUUGACCUAGAUUGGAACUCAGGUGAUACCAUUUUUGCCAAUAAAACCAGCAAUGUCAAAGUGAAAGAAGACAAUGAGCUUCUUGGUGAAGGAAGGAACCUACACAGGCACCGCAUGCAACACACUACAACCAAGCUAGGAGUGAAGACCCUUGGUUCUUUAGAAGAUGAAAUUGAAGAAGUAAUCCUCAAAUGA